CCCCAGCCGGCAAAGUUAAGCGCAAGCUCUGCCCGUCCGGAUCCCGGGCGCCGAUGGAGGCCCUGGAACGGGACGCGCUGAGGAACGGCAGCCUCCUGCCUACUCUGAGCCCGGCUGUGCCGCCGUUCGUGAAGCUGGGUCUCACCGUUGCCUACACCGUCUUUUAUUCGCUCCUCUUCCUGUUCAUUUACAUCCAGCUCUGGCUGGUCCUGCACUACCGGCACAAGAGGUUUAGCUAUCAGACGGUCUUUUUAUUUCUGUGCCUGCUCUGGGCUUCUCUUCGGACGGUGCUCUUCUCUUUUUAUUUCAAGGACUUUGUCGCCGCCAAUUCCCUCCGCCCCUUCGCCUUUUGGCUCCUCUAUUGCUUCCCGGUGUGCCUCCAGUUUUUCACCCUGACGCUUAUGAACCUUUACUUCACCCAGGUGAUUUUCAAAGCUAAAUCUAAAUACUCACCAGAAUUACUUAAAUACAGGUUACCCCUCUACUUGGUGUCUUUCGUGGUCAGUCUGCUUUUCCUGCUGGUGAAUUUAACGUGUGCUGUGCUUGUGAGAUUAGAAAAUUCAGAAAGGAGGAUAAUUGUAUUGGUCAGGGUUGCUAUAAAUGACACGUUAUUUGUACUCUCUGCCAUCUCACUCUCCGUUUGUCUCUACAAGAUUUCCAAAAUGACCUUAGCAAAUAUUUACUUGGAAUCCAAGGGAUCAUCAGUAUGCCAGUUAACAACAAUAGGAGCAACUGUUAUACUAUUGUAUACCUCAAGAGCCUGUUACAACCUGGUUAUUUUAUCAUUUUCUCAAACUAAGGCAAUGAACUCUUUUGAUUAUGAUUGGUACAAUGUAUCUGAUCAGGCAGAUCUGAAAUGCCAGCUGGGUGAUGCUGGCUAUGUAGUAUUUGGAAUAAUCUUGUUUGUGUGGGAACUUCUCCCCACUUCCUUGGUGGUGUUUUUCUUCCGUGUUCGAAAUCCUACAAAAGACCUA